AUGGCCGGAUCCAAAGAACUUCACCUCAAGGUGGCGAACCGCGGCAAGUCGGGCGCCAUCAAGAAGCUCCCCGCAUCUGUUGAAAUUGCAGCGGAGGGCACCAUUGAGCAGCUCCAGGCCAGUUUGUCGAAGCAGUCCGGCAUCUCGGACUUCAACCGCAUCGGCAUCUUUGACCCCAGGACGCGGAAGAUAAUUCGUGAUCGCCGGGCUGUUCUCAGCCAGCAGGAGAAUAUUGUGGCAUCGGGCGAGGUGCUGGUGCAGGAUCUCGGCCCCCAGAUUGCAUGGCGCACCGUCUUCGUUGUGGAAUAUGCCGGCCCGCUCCUGAUCCACGUGCUCUUCUACUUCCUUCGCCCAUCUAUACCGUUCCUGCCGGCAUCCUGGUCUGGCGGCGUCAAGGUGGAUAGCACCGGCAGCCCCACCGACGUCCAGACGGUCACGUUUGUGCUCUUUGUGCUGCACUUUCUCAAGCGCGAGCUCGAGACCAUCUUUCUGCACCGUUUCGCCGCCAACACCAUGCCUGCCUUCAACAUCUUUCGCAACUCUGCAUUCUACUGGCUGUUAGCUGGCUUGGCGUGCUCUGUGUCACUGUACGCGCCGCUGUCGCCGAUGCGCCUUUCUUUCCCGCUGGGCAGCACUAUCGCGUCGCCACCACGUUCAGGCUUCGGCAGCACCCCGCUUGACUACGCCGGUCUUGCGCUCUUUGUCGUCAGCGAGCUCUGCAACUUCCGCGUCCACUACCACUUGGCACACCUUCGCAAGCCUGGCAGCACGGAGAAGGGGAUCCCCAGCUGCAUUGGUACCAGCCUGGUAACGGCACCGAACUACAUGUUUGAAGUUCUAGCGUGGGUGGGCGUGAUUCUCAUCUCACGUGACGUGACGGUGGUCAUUUUCAUCCUAGUGGGCAUCAGCUACAUGCGCAGCUGGUCGCGUGACAAGGAACGGGCGCUACGCCGGCUGUUCCCGGACAAGUACAAGAAGAAGCGUUACACGAUGCUUCCUGGGCUGAUCUGA